AUGACGACGAAUAUAUCUGAGUGUGUGAACUCGAUCCUCAAGGGUGUCAGAAACCUCCCUGUGUGCUCGCUAGUCAAGGCAACAUACGGCAGGUUGGCCGAAUUAUUUGUUCGCAAAGGGAGGGAGGCUGAGGCGCAGAUGGGUACCGGACAACAAUUUAGUCAGCACUUGGUGAAGUGUAUAGAGGCCAACUUGAAGACGGCUAGGUGCUUCACGGUAACUGUGUACGACAGGGAUAACUCCGAGUUCACCGUUGCAGAGACAACUCUGACUGGUUCUUUCUCACUGGGUACCUACAGAGUCUCGCUUGCAUCUCACACAUGUGACUGCGGAUACUUCCAGGCACUUCAUUUCCCGUGUCCCCACGCACUGGCAUGCUGUGCCUACUCACGGCUUACAUGGGAGCCUUACGUCCACCAGGUGUAUCGUCUUAGUUCGGUCUUCAGUGUGUAUCAGAUGGGUUUUACACCUCCCAUUCCGGAGGAUUUCUGGCCACCAUAUGACGGGCCAACUGUCAUCCCUGACCCCAAUAAGAGGCGUGCGAGAGAGGGUCAUCCCAGGUCCACUCGGAUAUGGACCAAUAUGGACGAGGCAGAUCCGAACCGGCCAAAGAGAUGUGGGCUUUGUCGGUAG